UUUCUGUUACUGGAGAAUGUCCCAGAAUUCCCGGCACCGCUCACCUCUCCUGUCAGCAGAUCCAUCAUCCUCUGGGUGACUUCUAGAAUCUUCUCCUUAUUCUUUCUUUCAGGUAUCAGGAAGGGAGUUAGAGGCACUGUAACAGUUAUAUGGUCUCCAGACUUGUUCAUUAUCUGUGGGAACAUCAAGAGUGAUGUCAUUUGACCUCCCAGAAUCCUCCUCACCUCUCCAGUCAGAAUCCUCCUCACCUCUCCAGUCAGCAGGUAGAUGAUCUCCAGGGUGAGGUUUAAUAUCUUUUCAGUCAUGUGACUCCUCUCCUUCUUCAUUGCUAUCUCUGAAAUUCCCUUGACUUACAGAAGACUCUUCAAUACAUUUAUUGCCA